AAGUGUGAGGGAGUGUUAGUUCUACAGAAGAGAGAGACGGAGCUAGCUGCAGAGGCAGUGACAGAGAAGGGAAGUGUGAUAAUCAGCUUGGGAAAUGACUGUGUGAACUAUUUGUUUUUCCGCUCAGAGGCCUGGGGUGUUCUUGAACAGAAAUGAAUGGUGAUGGCAGCAAACAGCGAUAUGUGUCAACCUUCAGGAUGCACAUCAAGCAGCCCAGUGCAUCGCCUACAUCAGGGAAUGGGCCGGGAACUAUUGACAGCAGGAUCGCAGACACAUGUCCUGACACUGGGUCUGUUAACCUUUCCGCUCGUAAACGCCUGGAUCUGCCCGUCUUCAUAGAGCCGCUGCAGGACUGCUGUGUGGAUGAAGGGAAUGACGUCACACUGCGGGGGGCUCUGACUGGAGGUCAGCCUAUUCAAGUGUCAUGGUUGCACAAUGGUGAAGUGGCCCGUUUUGGAAAACCUUCCUUUAAUGGCAGGGAGACGAGUUUUGUGGUGCGGGAGUGCUUGCCUGAAGAUGCGGGCGCCUACACGUGCUUGGCAGAGAACAGUGCAGGGAAGACAUCCUGUUGUGCUGCUGUGUAUGUCAGAGACUUUGAAACUAUCUUUGGGUCGCAGAGUCGUGUCUCAAAUAUCCAAACUUCUCCAUCCAAGAGCAUGGUGCCGAAUGGAAGGCCACCACUGUCUCCCAAAGACGAGCAACAGAAGACCAGAGGAUCUAUUUGCUCUUCCACUGCAGGCUCUGAUAAGCUCAGCCCGGUCUCCAUUCCAAGAGAAGUCAUCCCAAAGAAGAGAGCCAACUCAGCGACAGGUCCAGCAUUACGUUUUGAAAACCCUCCACAACACCUGGAGGUGAAGGUGGGACAAACUGCCAGGUUGACGUGUUCCUUCACUGGCAGUCCUCCUGUAGUGUCGUGUUGGAUCAGAAAAAAGGAUCAGGUAUUUUCAUUUAUUUAGCAAGAUCAUAUUUCAUUAUUAUGUAAAUGAUCUAGAAA